AUGGCGGCAAGCUGGGAAAUGGGUGCAUUCAUUCUUCACGCAUAUGGCUCGCAAGAUCAACAAGCCCAGGGGUACGCCACAGGCCAUCAGGUGUUAUUCCUGUUGGCUCCUGUAUGGCUCAACGCCUUUGUUUACAUGACAUUUGCGCGAAUGGUUUACUUCUUCCGACCAGGCGGGGAGCCUCGAGUUUGCUACAUUCCAGCAAGAUGGCUCGGACGCAUCUUCGUCGUUGCCGACAUCGCCACAUUCAUCGUGCAGGCCACGGGAGGUGUCAUGGCUGGCCCAACAGUAGAGCCUACUACAAGGGCAAAGGGGGUCAAGAUCUACAUCAUCGGCAUGGGUGUUCAAGAGGGCUUCAUUGUGGUUUUCUUGAUGUUGAUGGCUCGCUUCCAUUAUCGUGCUCUACAAAUGAACAGGGAAGAUAUGUACGGACUGGAAGGCGGGUCGUACGACCGCGAGGAUGAAGAAGGCUACAUGCCACGACGGAACUGGAAAGCCCUUCAGUUUGCACUUUAUGCAGCUUUGCUUGCAAUCACGGCCCGGAUCAUCUUCCGUCUCGUCGAGUUUACCGGAGGCAUGACUCCUGAAGAGAACCCAAUACCUUUCACAGAAGCAUACGCAUAUGCCCUAGACGCCUUCCCCAUGAUGUUGGCAUUGCUUAUUCUCGCCGUCAUACAUCCUGGUCGAGUCCUUCAGGGUACGAAUAGCGAGUUCCCCAGGAAAGGAUGCCGACAGAAGCGUAAGGAGAAGAAGGAGAAAAAGGCGGUAAGAAAGGCAGCUAAGGUGGAGCGCAAGGCAGCCAAGGAGGAGAAGAAUCGAAUCAAGAACGACCGGAAAAAGAUGAAGACAUAUGGAGAGAACCACGAGCCCAUGCGAUAUGCAGACUACGCUAGGUACGCAAGAUGA